AUGUUGAAUGAACGUCAUCCAAUCACCGCUGUUCGCUUCCGCGUUGAGACCAGCCCGCUGCGGUCCAUUGAACGGGGAAAGGUGGGCCCUCGCUCCAAGGGCGCGAUGGAACGAUGCCGUAUACUGGAUAGCAGCGAGCUUGUGAAGUCGAGUACUUUCAAGCUGUCGCGUCAAGGCAUCGAAGUCAACAUCGAAAUCGCUACCGCGCGGUCCGCGCCCAAGAUACGGCCCACCUACACCAUACCAGAAGACUGA